ACCAUAUGCGUUUCCAACUGCCAGCCAGCCCUACCGGUUUUGCCCCCAAAAAACGUGGUGCUAUUCUUCUACAUUCUACCUGGUGGCAUCUAUAUAUACCUGAUUCUCAUUUUCUGUUGCUUCAUCAAACAAAUCUUACAUAAGUUUCACUAAGAACACAACUCCCAUCGUUUUAAGCACUUUCAAGAGUAACAAUUUUCAAGAUACGAUGAGUUCGACAUCAAGAGCAUGGUUGGUUGCCGGUACCGUUGGAUUGGUGGAGGCACUAAAAGAUCAAGGCUUCGCACGGUGGAACUACACCAUCAGAACCAUCCACCACCACGCUAAAUCUAAUCUCCGGUCAGUCACCCAAACAAAGAAGUUGUCUUCGCCAGCUGUCUUGGCUUCAAGCAAAGGCAUUGACCAAUCAGAAGAGUCUUUGAGAAAAGUCAUGUACUUGAGCUGUUGGGGUCCCAAUUAAUUGAUCACUAGUUUUUACUUAGGUUAUAGCUAUAUCUGAUGUACAUGUAAUUAUGCAUGAUGUACAAUCUUUUUGUUAAUCAAAUACAAUUUUGAAUUAUCUUCUAAAA